UUGUGCACGCUGCCUCUCCUCCACACAUCACACUGAAGCAUCACUAUACUGUAUACUGUAGGUGUGUGCAAGUGAGUGUUGUGGUGUGUUACAGCAAGAUUGUGUGUAGACUGGAUGUGUAGGAAGUGGUCUUUGCUGUGAACGGACCUCUCCCUCUCCCACCCCACCCCCUGCCCACUCUGGCACUCCCACUGCAAGACUCCUGGACAGAGCCAGCAGCAGCUCCGGGAUGUCUUCCCCAGGAUCAGCCAGUGGCAGCAAAAGGAAUUCCUCGGAGCUGGAGCAUGCUCAGAGAGUCCCUGAGGCAGAGCCUGUGCAGCCACAGGUAAAACUGAAGGAAAGGCAGAAGUUUUUGGAGGAGGCUUUUCAGCAGGACAUGGAACACUACUUGUCCACAGGGUACCUGCAGAUCACAGAAAGGAGAGAGACAAUAGGAAGCAUGUCUUCUAUGGAGGUGAAUGUAGACAUGCUGGAGCAAAUGGACCUGAUGGACAUGUCUGACCAUGAGGCGUUGGACGUCUUUCUCAACUCUGGUGGCGAGGACAACAGCAUGGCCUCACCACUGCUCGGUCCAGACGUGGAGUCAUUCACUUCUGAGAUCACUCUUCAGGUACCCACCCAGGCAGACUUGAGACAUAAGCUCGCCUCUCUGUCCUCCACCUGCACAGACUCUGCCAGCCAGGACACAGAGGCAGGGGAAGAGGAGGAGGAUGAUGAAGAGGAUGAUGAAGAUGAUAAGAGGGGACAGACUGGCAUCCUUGGCUCAUCCAAUCAAGAACUGUGAGAGCAGCAGCUCAUCCUGAACACAAUGAGGAUGAACAACAGACUGUGAGAAGAAGUGAUGUAAUUAGCAGUGUGCUAUGCACUUGUAUCCAAAGGAAGAGUGUACAAUUGUGUUUUAUGAAACCCUAUCAGUUUUGGCAAAGAAAUUCUUUAUGUGCUGUGCAGUUUAAGCCCGAUCCUGUGCCUGCCCUCAAAAUCAAUAAAUAUAUUUUAUUCAGUU